UGAUGGGUUGACUGGUGCUGGUGUCGGGGCUUUGUGGGAUGGUGGUCAUUGUUCCUGUGAGCCUUUGGGUAGAAAACGUCUGCUGUAAUUCACGAAGCCCCCGUCCUGUAGAGGCUAUAAAACUAGUCCGGGCACUUGAGCGUCUCAAACUCACUUUUGUGAAAUUCUCCCAAACUGCGAGGACCGUACACCCGCAUCACACCCGAGCCUCGUCGGUCAUGAAUUCUUUCCAGGAGACUCAAUCUGAUUUGGAGGUGAUCUUAGAGUUCCUAGAGGAGUACUACAGACAGCACACCGGAGGAAAUGUGGACAAGAUGUACUGGACUGCAGUCGAGCCCGGAGAUGACGGGAGUGCACCUGUGGACGAAGGAUGGUGCGAGCAGCGCUGGACGGGCAGUGAGCCGGCUACCAGCAAACCUGAGCUUGAGCCUUUGCUGGCACACGACGCCCCCCCAGCCCUCUGCCAGAAAACAACAACAACGACAACAACACCAUUGUGUGAGCGUGGGUCACUGACAAACUUUGUAUCCACAAGACAACCAACAAAACACAGAGCGGGGAGUGGUGGCAAGGUGCGCCUCUUUCACUUUCUGUUUGAGGUGUUGGAGGAUGCCAACAUGGCCCACUGCGUGUCCUGGGUGCCGGAGGCGGCCGCCGGCGUCUUCCGCUUCUCCUCCACGAACAAGGACCAGGUGGCGGUGCUGUGGGGUCAGAGAAAGGGCAACAAGAGGCCCAUGACUUACCAGAAGAUGUCGCGCGCCCUCAGGAACUAUGGCCGGUCCGGAGAGAUCUUCAAGGUGAAGAAGAAGCUCACCUACCAGUUCAGCCGAGAGACACUGACGCGACUGCGGAAGUGUGAACGGGGAGAUUUGUGAGGCGGACUGGAUUUAUGUGCUUCUUUUUUCUUUUACUCUGAGAAACUUUGACUUUCGACAAUGUCUGUGACAAAUGCACAAGUCAGUUAGUACAUUGAGUUUGGGGUGUAAAUAAUAA